AUGAGCCCCUAUCUGCAGCAGCUCAACGCAAGGGACCUCGCAUCGAUGCUUUAUCGUGACAACCUUCGCCUCAAGCAUGCUGCUCGGCAACGGCUGCAAGAUGAACUUGACUCCGCCAAGCUGGCGGAGGAAAUGCUGCGAGUGCAGGCAGACCGGGAAAGCGGACUACUCGAGGACAAGAUAGCGGCCACUGAUCCCCUGGCCAAAGCUCUUUUGUCCCACCUGCAAGAGGUCGGGCAGCAGGAUCAAGUCGUGUUCUCCAUGCCUGCGACUGUCUUUGGUGACAAGUGUGAGCCGGUGCAAAAGCUUGUGAACCCGCACCGGUCACUGGCUGCGCAGAAUGUUGGUGACAUGGAAUUGGAAGAUGAGGACAGCGUCCUGUCUACAGCUGCUGCAGGCAGUGGCAGCGACGUGCUCGCACUGCCAGGGCACGACAUCGUUCCUGCGGCACAUUUGUUUCAGGACGACGCCGCCCGGCACUUUGCCAAAUGCUUGGAGCCUGCCCAUGCUUUUCGAGAUCAUUCGUUUUUCAGAAUUUCAUCAGGAGCCAUGGACAGGCAUGUGAUCACAGGCGCUCCUCUGCAGCAAUUUGAUUUCAUGGUGCAGUGCUACGUACCUGUUGGGAUUGAGCAGCACGGCGAUGGUGACGGUGGCCUUUGGGCUGUUCACUUGGCUCCCCUGGGAGGGCCAAUGGCGUUGACCUUGAGGCAACACACCUUCGAUGUUCUUGCCGAAAACGUACAUGUGUGGAGCUUGGGCAAAGGCGUGAAGUUUUUGCCUCGGCCCUCGUUGGGUUUGCUUCUCGCGCCGCACUUGUGUGUCGUGUGGUCGUUUGCUUCUUUACUUACUCCGUUGUUAGUUUGUACACAAAACUCAACAGGAUACUCUUGA